AUGGACCCAGUCUCUCAAUCCUGUCCCAGCUGCAAAUCAAGCAAAUAUAACAACCCACAACUGCGGCUUAUGGUAAAUGUCUGUGGGCAUUCCUUGUAAGCUGACCUUUCAUUACCUGAUCCCCUAUUAGGUGCGAAAGCUGCGUAGAAGUUCUGUUUGUAAGGGGUUCAGGCCUUUGCUUCCAGUGUCGUACCCCAAUACGCAAGGCAAACUUUCGCUAUCAGCUCUUUGAAGACCCCGAAGUUCAGAAGGAAAUUGAUAUUCGCAAAAAGAUUCUCAACGAGUAGGACACAUUAACCUGCGUCUACAUGUAUCACAGAUUCAACCGGAGGGAAGAGGACUUUGAAACCAUGGAUGAAUACGACAAGUACCUGGAAAAAAUCGAAGAAAUUAGUAAGCCAACCACUUUUUGAUGUUUCAGUUUACAAGUUGACGAAUGA